AUGGCUCCAGGUAGUGGGCGCGACUUUAACUGCUCCUGGGAGCAUUGUGGAAAGUCUUUUAAUCGCAAGUCGGAUCUCUGUCGCCAUUAUCGUAUCCACACCAAUGAGCGGCCGUAUCAUUGCACCGUAAAGGACUGCAACAAGAGCUUCAUUCAGCGCAGUGCCUUGACCGUACACUCGAGGACCCACACUGGCGAAAAGCCCCAUGUUUGUGACCAUGAAGGCUGUCAAAAGGCAUUCUCAGACUCAUCGAGUUUGGCCCGCCAUCGCCGAAUCCACACUGGCAAGCGGCCAUACAUAUGCCACGAGCCUACAUGCGAACGGAGUUUUUGUCGCAAGACCACUCUCACCAAACACCAACACCGCUCCCACCCUCCAGGGAGCAUGACCCGACCAUCCUCAGAAGAUGCGACCUCCGAGCACUCUUACCACCAAACACCCAUAUCAGUCACGGUCCCGAGUGAGCAAUACAUGCUCGCCCAACAACCUUAUUACGCGCAAUCGGCGACACCAAGUCAUGAAUUUUACUCACCCCAGAGUGUGCCGAUGGGCUCCGUGCCGGUUCACGAAGCCGCCCCUCCGAUCGUAUCGCAGAACGUACCUGGGACUUCACCGGUAAACAUGCCACUCGCUCAACAGCCACACCCGCAACAUCAUGCGCAUGCGCACCAAAUUCCACAACAACAGCAACAACAGCAACAGCAACAACAGCAACAACAGCAGCAGCAGCACCAACAAUACCUACAGAUGAUGCAACAACGCUAUGACACAAGCCCACGCACAAACUACCUCCCAGAACAAUACCAGCACCCGUCUUUUCAAGGGCAUCAACUACCACCUGAACAACCAAUGAUGGUUUCAUACCACCCAAACUAUGCGUACAAACCCCCGGGCUCCCGUCUCUUGAACCAAGCGGAGGGGACUGACUGGGGUUUUCUGGGAGUAGGCUAA